AUGCUUCUCCGCCUCGUAGAGAAGUACAACCAACAGCAGCAGCAGCAGCAGCAACAGCAGCAGCAGCAGCAGCAGAUGCAGCUAGAGGUAGUAGUAUUAGAUGCAUUGCCUACUCCUUUAGGUUUAAUUCGUUAUGGUGUUGCUGCUGAUAAACCCGAGAUAAAGAUUGCUGGUAAAGAAUUAGAGGCGAUUGCUCAAUCUCCUGGUGUCUCCUUUAGAGGAAAUGUUAAGCUCACACUGCAUUUGGGGCUGCAUGUGGUUGUCUGA